GACUCCAGGGUGAGAAUGGCCAUGACUUUAGAAGAAGUUCUGUGGAUGUGCUUGACCUUUGUGAAAGCUGUCCUGAGGUUCGCCUUCAUGGUCUCCAAUAACCUGGUCGCCAUUCCUUCCUACGUCUUCUAUAUCAUAAUACUUCAGCCUCUCCGUGUGCUAGACAGGAAGCUGUUCUGGUAUAUCGAAGGAAUCAUGUACAAGUGGCUUUUAGCAAUGGUGGCUUCCUGGGGUUGGUGUGCAGGCUAUACAGUAAUGGAGUGGGGUGAAGAUAUUAAAGCAAUUUCAGAAGAUGAAGCUAUGAUGUUGGUGAACCAUCAAGCAACAGGAGAUGUGUGCACGUUAAUGAUGUGCCUACAGGACAAAGGAAUGGUUGUUGCUCAGAUGAUGUGGUUGAUGGAUCACAUAUUUAAGUAUACAAACUUUGGUAUUGUUUCUCUAAUUCAUGGAGAUUUCUUUAUAAGGCAGGGAAAGUCUCAUCGAGACCAGCAACUUGUUCUUCUCAAGAAACACCUCAAACAUUAUUACAGGAGCCGAGAUCGGAAGUGGAUUGUUCUGUUUCCAGAAGGUGGCUUCCUCAGGAAGAGACGAGAAACAAGUCAGGCAUUUGCCAAGAAAAAUAAUUUGCCAUUCCUCACACAUGUCACCUUGCCAAGACUUGGGGCAACACAGAUUAUUCUGAAUGAACUUGUAGCACAACAAGAAAAUGGAACCCCAGCAGGUGGAGAUGCUAGGGUGUUAGAGAGCAAACCAAAAGGCCUCCAGUGGGUCAUAGAUACAACCAUAGCUUAUCCUAAAGCUGAACCUAUAGACAUCCAAACCUGGAUUCUUGGAUAUAGACGACCAACAGUCACUCAUGUUCAUUACAGGAUUUUUCCAAUUAAAGAUGUACCUUUGGAGAACGAUGCCCUUGCUAAUUGGCUCUAUGAGCGGUUCAUUGAAAAGGAGGACCUCUUGUCACAUUUUUAUGAAACAGGAGCUUUUCCUCCCCAAAUGGGCCAGAAGAAAGCCAUUUCUAAGGAGAUGACCCUCAAUAACAUGUGGCUAUUUUUCAUACAGUCCUUUGCAUUUUUAUCAGGCUAUAUGUGGUACAACAUUCUACGGUAUUUUUAUCAUUGCCUAUUUUAGGAGUUGAAUGGGACCUAUGGACACCAUAAGAGUUUAGGCUUUUGCAAAUGUGCAUUAUAUUACAUGUGCAAAUGAGAAUAUACGCAAGUAAAGGAAAUUGGAUGGCCAGCUUAAUUUUUAUCCCUCUUUGGGGAAAUUUUAAAACUUUACUAAAAGUGAGAUUCAGUAAUAUAAUGACCUGCUAAUGUAUUUUAAGAACUUUACGUGUUUUUAAAAGGCAUACCAUACCACAAACAUCUUAUUGGGAGAAGAGGAGAUCAUAGCAUCAUUCUGGAAGACUAAGAGAAAUUAUAUCACUACUGAAUAUGCUUGGAAACUUAGUUCAAAUUUAGAAAGCUCAAUUUUCCUCUUACCCAGUACUCUGUACUACUACAGUGUUCUAGAAAUCUCUCAUUUCCACCAAUUAAAGUUGUGUUGCCACUAA